AUGGCACCUCCUAUCUGCACAAAGGCGUUCAAGCUGAAUAACGGAUCGGAUGACUCCAAGGCUAUGGAGGAGUCCGUGAUACACGCCCUCAACUCCGGAUAUCGUCUUAUCGACACUGCUCAGCUCUAUGGCGUCGAAGACGUUGUAGGCAGGGCCAUUCGCAACAGCGGCGUCCCUCGUGAGGAAAUCACCGUCGUCACCAAGUUCUGGGGCGAGUGGCAUCACGAUCCCGCGACGGCCCUGCAGAUUUCGCUGGACACCAUGGGUCUCGACUACAUCGACAUCUUCCUCAUGCACUGGCCGUGGGCCACAACUCCGGCACCGGAGAAGAAGGUCUUGAAGAAGUGGGAGAGCCCGACGUUCAUCGAAACCUGGAAGUUGAUGGAGAAGUUGGUCGGCCCCAAGUGCAGAUCAAUUGGCGUCAGUAACUUCAUGCCCAAGGUCAUGGAUGAGCUGCUCAAGGAAGCCACGAUUGUGCCUGCCGUCAACCAGGUUGAGUUGCAUGCGUUCAACCCGAACCUGAAUCUCGUACCUUACUGCAAAGAGAAGGGCAUUGUGGUCACGAGUUGGAGCACGAUGGGUGGCUCGCGUCCAUCCCAAAAUGAAAUCCUCAACCACGAGCUCUUCACCAGCAUCGCCAAGGCACAUGGUAUCUCUGCUGGUGUUGUGUCCCUGUCCUGGUGUGUCCAACGCGGCAUCGCAGUCAUCCCAAAGAGCGCCAAGAAGGAGCGCAUCGAGGAGAACAUCCGCCUUGUCACCCUUACCGAGGAGGAGAUGAACAAGAUCAACGAGGCGCACAAGACAAUCAAGAAGGAGAGAUUCUCCAACGGAAUUGCUGUGCAGCACAUGGAGAUCGAUGGAGUGAUGACCCAGCAGGGCUGGACCUACGUUGAUAUGGGCUACGAGGAUGAGAAUGGCAACUGGCUGGCCUGA